AUGGCCCAUAGGUUGGUGGCGAAAACGGGUGUUGAUUUGGAGGCUUUGUCGCCGAGGGACGCCAACGCGCUGCGCAUGCCCAAGGCUAUCGAAAUGAAAACCUCCAAACCCGUCGUCCAGCUCAAGGCUGCGAAAGACAAGGAACCGCCGCCACAGCCGCCUGCAAGCGUUGAGGAGCCUCCAGCCAGUGAUCGUCCAAAUGGAGCCGUGUACCAGGUCGGCAAGAUGCUCGGCAAGGGCGGCUUUGCCGUGUGCUACACGGGAUAUCACCUACCGGACCGCAAAAAGUACGCGCUAAAGAUUGUGCGGAGCCAGAUGCCGUCCAAGAUGCAGCAGAAGUUCCAAACCGAACUCCAGAUUCACUCCAAGAUGAAUCACAAGAACAUUGUACAAUUUUUCAGGGCCUUCUCGUUCCACGACUGCAUGUAUCUGGUUCUCGAGCUUUGCACCAACGGCUCUCUCAUGGACAUGGUCAAGAAGCGUAAAGGCCUGACCGAGCCCGAGGUCCGUUUCUACUCCGUCCAGGUGGCCGGGGCAAUCAAGUAUAUGCACGGAAAGGGCAUCAUCCACCGAGAUCUGAAAAUGGGCAACAUCUUUCUCGACCACCGCAUGAACGCCAAGGUCGGCGACUUUGGACUUGCUGCUCUGUUGGUUACUGGCCGGGAUAUGCAGACCAUAAGAAGGACCACCCUGUGCGGAACGCCCAACUACAUUGCGCCCGAGAUUCUCCAAAAGGGAAAGAAGGGACACGAUCAUGCGGUCGAUAUUUGGAGCUUGGGUAUCAUCAUGUUCGCCAUGUUGACAUCCAAGCCACCAUUCCAAUCGACGAGCACCGAGGAGAUUUAUCGCCGAGCGAGGGAACGAGACUACGAAUGGCCGAACCCGGAAACCUCGCAAAAGUACAUCAGCGAGGAAGCUAAGGACUGCGUUGCCACGAUGCUCGAGGACGCAGAUAUGAGACCCGAACCGGACGUCAUUGUUCAACACCCCUUCUUCACCUGCGGUUACAUGCCCGUGGAGGCCGACAUGACAACCAGACUCCUGACGCUGCCACCCGACCGCUCCGAAUUCUACGCCGACCGCAUGAGCUCUCAGCUGCAGGCGGUCAGUAAGAAGAACAUGGAGGACAUGUGCAGAGAAUGUGGAGUUGGCCCCCUGGCACCGGUUCAGGUUAUUCAUACGCAGACAUGGAAAGAGAUGGCUGCGGAGGAGAAGUCUGGCUUGACGCCCAUGAUUCCAUUGGGAGAGGACGUCGUCUACAGACCUUUCGACGACUGGCUCCGCGAGAAGCGCCACGCUCGUGCCCUUGCCGCCUCGUCGUCUACCCGCUCCGAUGCCACGUCGGAAUCGCAUCUGAGCGGUUCCCAAACAGCGCCGACAGGCCUGUUUCGUCAACCGCCCCAAAGCUUUGCCGCGCAGCAGAGGGCUCAAAACCGCCCCCCUGCGGUGGCCAGCACGGUCAGAUCACGACCGCAGCCAGAAGUGGCUCCUCAACCAGCGGAAGUGGCACGCCCGAGGUCAGUCAGACAGUUUAGUGCACCGGAGUCUCGAAACCAGCUUUCCGAGCCUCCACUGAGGAAGUCUACCGCGGUCCGGAGGACGCCACUUCCAACGACGCAGUCGACGGGAUCUCUUCCCAGCCAUGCCAUGGCGCCGCAGAGUUCCAACCAACCCACAGUCACCAUGACCGGUCUCCUGGAAAACCUCAAGAUCUCAUCCGAUCAAACUGAGAAGGCGUCUCUCUUCAGCCCGACUGAGUGCCCGGAAACGGUAGCAGGCUCUAAGCCUGAUGUUGUGCUCGAGCGACUUCGUCGCCUUCAGGCCGAGCUGGAGCGUGCUCUGAAUGCUCGCACCAUGGCCAUCAUCUCGUCCAAGGACACCACCCCGCCUCAUCCCAACGUGGUUGUCAAAUGGGUGGACUACACAAACAAGUUUGGUCUUGGCUACAUCCUGAACGACGGCGGUGUUGGUUGCAUCUUGCGAGAUAUCCCUACUACGGAAGGGAGCAAGACUCUAACGUUGCCGUCAGCCUGCAUGCUCGUCCGCGAUGCUGAGCGCCAUAUCGAGCGACGACACGACGAAUCGUAUCCCGAGAGGCAUCAGCCAUUGCCGCCCAAGCAAGACAUUCACUUUUACGAGAACAACGGCGAGACCGGUCUCGCCCGAGUCUCUGUUUCCUCGUCGCAAUUCCGCGUGCCAGUUUACGAGGAUGGAACGCCCGGGAAGCUGAACCCGGGAAAGGACGUAUACGAGCACAGAAAGAGGGAGCGCGUCAUCCUCUGGAAGAAAUUCGCCAACUACAUGAUCGCCUACGGCAGAGACGAGCCACUUCCGGCCGAGGAGACCGUCACUCGUCCGAUGGAGUUCUCUGGCAACAACUCUCAGCCUUCGGAUCUGGUCAUCUUCUACCAGCGCUUCGGCGAUGUCGGUUGCUGGGUCUUUGGUGACGGGCAUCUUCAAUUCAACUUCCCUGACCACACCAAGAUUGUUUUGAAUGCUGCAGGAACUUGGUGUCACUUCUGGCACCUUCCCAUCGAGGCUGCCCAAAACCUUGCCACCACUGGAAGCAUCGGAGCUGCGGCCCUUGACGAGAGGGCCAUGCUGUCCUACCCCCUGCAGACGCUAUUGAACUUCCAAACGAAGCCCUCGGCGGCUCGCUCUACUCGCACGACCACCACUUCGCGCCGACGCCCCGAGAUCCCUGCAGACCUGCAGGGGAUCCCAACUGCGAAUGAUUUCCGCCGAAAGAUCGAGUUCAUCAAGAACGCAGUAAAGGAAUGGGUGACCAAUGGCGGCCUUGGUAACAGUGCUAUGGACCGUGACCACAGACUGCGCUGGGGAGGUUACCGCGAGACCGUCAUGGGCAACAGCUUUAUCAAGGGUGUCUGGGUGACUGUCGGCGCUCGAUGGGGUGACAGCAGACUGUCGGCUUACAUUGAUCCAGCCAACCCCAUGGAAAUGGGCGAAGAGAUUGACGAGUCCAAGCGAAGACGUCACUGA